GCUUUUGGGUUCCUUCAACUUCCCCUCUUCUUCCUUCGUCUUCCUUCAACCUAACCCAUCUUCCUCCCGAAUCAAACAAAACCAAAAGAUAUGAGUUUUCAGGAUCUUGAAGCGGGUCUUGCAAGGCCACACCCAAACAAUUACUUGAAUUCUUCUCAGCGAAAGCCAACGCAAGAUACAGAACACGCUUCGGCUUCGCAGUCGGUGGCGGCUGGGAUUUUCAAAAUACGAACCGCUAUUUUGGCCUUUGAUCGCCUUGUUAAUUCCCUCGGUACCCUUAAAGACACCGUUGAAUUACGCAGCAAGUUGCAUAAGACAAGGCUACAUAUUGGGCAGCUGGUCAAAGAGACUUCAGCUAAACUAAGGGAAGCAAGUGAAGCUGAUCAAGAUGCAGAAGUUAGUCCCUUGAAGAAAAUUGCUGAUGCUAAGCUUGCGAAAGAUUUUCAAGCAGCUCUUAAAGACUUUCAAAAGGCUCAAAGGCUUGCAGCUGAGAGGGAGACAGCAUAUUCACCUUCUGUUCCCAAAGAAGUUCUUCCUUCCAGUUAUGAUGCCUAUGAGGUGGAGAAGAAUUCAUCUAAGAGUCUAGAACACCAACAGCUUCUGGUUACAAAAGGACAAGAAGUUGUACUGUUGGAAAAUGAAAUCACAUUUAAUGAAGCUAUUAUUGAAGAGCGAGAACAGGGGAUCAAAGAAGUUCAGCAAGAGAUAAGUGAAGUGAACGAGAUCUUCAAAGAUCUAGCAGUUUUGGUCCAUGAGCAAGGAGCCAUGAUUGAUGACAUUGGUUCGAAUGUUGAGAAUUCCCAUGCAGCAACUGUUCAAGCUACUUAUCAUCUUAAAAAGGCAUCCAAGAUCCAGAGAGCAAAUUCAUCAACAAGGUGUUUGCUGGUGUUAAUCUUUGGGAUCAUUCUCCUUAUUUUCAUCGUAGUUGUUGUAGCAUAAGCUAUGAACGCAUUCAGUUGGGGUACUAUCCAAACUAUACAGUCGUACGUCAUCUGUGUUACUAAAUUCUUUAUGCUGCAAGUAAGAUCAUCCAUGGAGGUUCUUAGUUUGCAGCAAAGCAUGUAAAAUAGAUUUCUCCGUUUGCCUGAUUCAAUAAAAAUUUCGAAGUGAACAUGUAUAUUCGAAUAACAGGGUGAUGGUUUUAUCCGUAGUAAUACUGGCAAAAAACAACUCCCAUUUGUCUUAGCCUGUAA